UUCGUGACAUUGAUUGCUUAAACGAAACUAUUGGUAACUCUGACAAAAGAGUGUUUUUGACAGAGACGUAAAAAAUUUACUAUUAUUACGGUAAAAAAAGAUUAUUUGUUUAAACAAAACAGAACAUUAUGCAAAAUAAACUGCAAAUAAAAUAUUGUGAUCGUGUUAUAAAAAAACUAAAUACAAUUGAUAAUUACUAAAAUAAAAGUAAAAUUCAAAAUUAAACAACAGCAGACAAGAGAAAAAGGACAGGCAAAUAAAUUACAAUAAAAAAAGGAAGAAUAAAAAUAAUCAGACAUUGAUUAUCACAACAACAACACACACUAACAGCACUCGAAAACAUACAGAGCAGUCAAGUCAGCAUCAAGGAAAGCAAAAUCAAGAAAAAAAGGAAACAACCCGCAACACAUUUUCUACAAUUUCUACAGUUUUUUAUGCUCCCUAUAGACAGACAAUUAAAGAAAGAGAAAAUAGUGGAGUACAUUGUGUUGGCAUUGAAGUGGCGGUGUAGAGAGACUUUUUGGAUUAGGUUAACAAUUUUUUUUUUAAUUUUAACUAUUAAACGAUGUAUUCUUAUCAUCGUCUGUGGUUAUCGGUGCUAGUUUUAGCCACAGUGACAACUAGUAUGUGCGGUUCCAAUGAACAUGAAGUUUCAGAACAACACGAUGCCCACUUAGAGACACAAGCAGCUGCCUCGCUCAAAGAUCUAACAGAACCGGAAUUAAGUGACGAUUUGUCAAUUGAACUGCAUCGCAGUAUACGCUUUGAACCGCCACAAUGAUUUGGCACCUGGUCAGUGGGUACGGUGCGUUCACACACCGUUACCCUAAUCAAUCACAAUCGUAAUCGUAGUGUUUACUUGAGUUCGGUGUCGGGGAGAACGCCAGCAUUUAGCAAGCUUUUUGAGGCGAAAAUGGUGCCGCCCAAUGGUAAUACUACAUUUAAUGUAGUCUUUUUACCGCGCGAACAAGGUGCUAUAAGUACUAGUUUAAAUAUACACACAUCGUUUGGUAAACUGCAUCUGCUGGUGCGUGGCGUAGGUCGUGAAUGUCCAUAUCGUCUUAAGCCAUUAGUGGGCAUAAGGGCGCCCUUAAAUGCCACACUAAUGCCGGAGAUUCAUAUGUAUAAUCCUCACGAAAAGGCAUUACAAAUUUUGGAGGUCUAUAGCAGUGGUGGCCAGUUUCAAUUAGAACUACCCAGUGGUGAUUCGGAAGCACCUAAGGGUCUGUGGGAAAUACCUCCUUUAACAACAAAGCCUGUGAUACGCAUACGAUUUCAAGGUUAUGCAGCCGGUAAUUAUUCAGCUUAUAUACGCAUAAAAAUCUCCGAACCACACAAUUCCAGUGAUCCUUCCGCGAACACGGAUGGCGUAGAAAAGGAAGAACAGGUACUGGUAAUACCUGUUGAAUUUGAGAUAUUACCUCAGUAUGGUUUAUAUGCGGUUAAUCCACUACUAGAGUUUGGUCACAUAGCCGUCAAUGACGAAAGCCCUGUAAAAGUACUAAAACAAAAACUAUACUUACGGCAUUCUAAGAGUCAGAUGGAAGUAAAUGAUUUGCAAUUUAAAGAAAUGACUUACAUUAGUGGUUUAAUUUUUGAGAAUAGUCAUAAUAUUGUGCUCUAUCCAAAUGAUGUGGCGGAACCGGUGGUACGAUUGAAUGAUAAAUUAAACAUAGAAUUAGAAGAUAAAAAAGCGCAUACAUAUCACAGUGUAGAGCUAAUAAUAAGAGCCGAUAUAUUUAAAGGCAAUUUACAUUAUGACGUUAAUAAAACUUUAUUUUUAAUACCAACACAACACACAAGCAAUAAACUAUCAAAUGCAAAUGGCUAUGACAACGAUGACAAAGACGCAGGUGACGGUAGUAGAGUAUUAACGUUGCGUAAUGAUUUUAAAAUUCCUAUGGCCAUUUACAAUAUAAGCACACAACAUAAUAAUGCUGCUAAGCUUAGCUUGCAAUUGGAAACAUUUGAAAGUGGCAUGAUUUUAAGGCCAGGACUCUCUUUUGAUCUAUUAGUGGCUUCUAGUUUAUAUAAACAACAACAACAACAAGAGGAUCUUGAAGAUCUAACAAAUUAUAAGACUGCCAUUUAUGUUUUUACAAAUCUAACCAAUUUCGAAAUACCCAUUGUCAUAAGUUCUGCACGUUUGUUUGUUGCCACACAAACCCUUACGAUAUGGCGCUCUAAUACAUCUGUUUAUACCAAAGAAUUAGAUUUAGGUUCUGUACCCAUUCGUGAAUCAUCCAAUAAGGGUUUUAUUAUUUUUCAAAAUCGCAAUUCCCUACCAAUUAAAUUAACCGAUAUGGAUUUUCAAAGACCUCAUGGCAUCUUAUCAUAUAUUUUUUUGGGCUGCGUACGAGCCGCGGACAUUAAUGAAACCAAUAAUUAUUCGGUGGAUUUGGAGAAAGUUAACUAUAAGAUUUCUUCACAAUUAAAUGAAGGCGAUGUUGCUGUUUAUAUGGUACAGUUACAACCCUAUACCACGGAAUAUACGGUGGCAUAUUUAAAAAUUCUAACACAGUGAAAUAUAACCGUAAAUAUUAAAUUUACGACAGCUUUGGGUAGACUGGAGGUGGAUCAGGAGAAAUUACAUUUUACUAAUUGUUUUCCGGGUAAAUUGUGUUCUUCUGAAUUGAGCAUUCGUUCGACAUUUAAACGGCCCAUACACAUAAAAUACAUUAAUUUCACCGAUUCCGGCUUAAGAUUUGAAGAUAAAAAUCCUUUGGGCUCUAGAAUAGCACCACAAUCUGUUACCACUGUAGGACGUAUUUACUUUCGUCCUUCAGAAUUGUGCGGCUCACGUUGUUACAUACAACAGCAGACAGAUGAAAUGGCCACCUUUCCCAGUUCUGUAGUGGCCAACAGUUUGAAUAUACCCAAUUUUGAUGAAGUCGAACUCAGACGACGCACUGAACUCUAUAGACAUUUGAAAUAUUAUAUACAAAAUAUGGAUUUUACAAUGACAACCAAAGAAAUGCAACAAUUUCAAUUAAAUCUAAUGAUCGAAUUGGAAUGGCCUCAACUGGUGAGUGGACGACAAAUGUUGCCCACCAUCGAAGUGAAUAAAACGUAUAUUUAUGAAGUGAAACUAACAAAUCCAUCCGAUAAUCCUAUACUAAUCGAUUAUACUUUGGCUGAUCCCACACUGGCGAAACAAACACGCAUCUCUUUACCCUUAGAAGUGGUGGUCAUAACACCAAGUUGUUAUUUAACUGAUAAAGCGGUAUUUUCAUUAGUUAAUAGUCCUCCCGAAAAACCUAUACUCAUACCAGGUCUUUCAAGUGUAACGAUACCGAUUAGAUUUCAAGCCGACUAUGUGGGUACUAUUUGCACGCUGCUACAUAUACGCAAUAAUUUGACACUAUAUGAAGGUGUAUGGAUUAGUGCUAAAACGGUACAAUCACAAUUUCGUUUGGGCAAUCGUAAGCCGGGAUCACAAACGCCUUUACUAUUUGAAAUAACCGAACAACAUUUGGCCUCAGCUUGUCCGUUAAGAGAUGAGAGAUUUAAGUUGAGUGAUACAACAUCGGAACAAUAUGUAGUGCCGCAAGUUAUAUCACGCCGCGUUUUUACGGCACGCAACUCUGGUGAAUUACCCAUAAGAAUAGAGGGCUUUUGGAUUGAUGAUCAACCCUGCCAGGGUUAUGGUUUUCAAGUCAUGGAUUGCUCAAGUUUUGAACUGAUGGCAAAUUCUUCGAAAAAGAUUGAAAUUUCCUUUCAAUCCGAUUUUACAGUGACUCGUAUCACUAGACCAUUAACGCUCAAAACAAAUCUUACUUAUGAUGUUAAUUACAUACUAGUGGCCCAGUUGCCCUCUAAAGGUUUAGAACAAUGUGAGUUAUUAUUGCCACGACCACCCUGGGAGGAGAAAAUACGCAAUGCAGCCAUUGUUAUGCUCUUAAUAACGUUUGUUUUGGUACUAGUAGCAGUGCAUAUUGAUUACGGCAACAUUAUUUACAAUCAGUCCGCUCUUUAUGAGGCCCGUGAUAAGGGUACCGUACAUCCAACUUUUAAUUUACGUAAUAUAGCCAUGCGUUCCACCCAAAAUAAUAAUGAUGGUUCUCCCUCAACAAGCGAAACUCAUCAAAAAACUAAAACGAAAGUGAAUUCCAGCGACAGGAGUGAUAAUCCUUCUUCAUCACUAAUGAGCCUAAAGAAACGUAAUGUUAAAAACUCUAAAGCAGUAAAUGGUGAAGCAAAAUCCUCAGCAUCUUCUGGUCGAACAGGCAUGACUUUGGCCGAAAUGGUUAGUUGGACAUUUGGAACAAAAUCUUCUAAGAAAGCGGCAGCAAAUAAUAACAAGAAUUCCAAGCCAGCAGAACAAACGAAUACAAAUGCGAGUAAUACAGGAGCAAUAGCAAAUGAAGCUAAAUCUUCUUCGAAAGCAAAAUUCAGUGAAAAAUCCUUAAUCGAUAAAAUGGAUGGUGAUAUGAGAAAAAGUCAAAUUAGCAAAAAAUCCAAAGCAAAUGAUAAAGGUCAAACUAAACAACAAGAGAAAACUGAAACGGAAGAAGUCAAAUUAAGAAGAGAGGAGCACUUAGACAAGGACACGAAAAAGGAAAAGAAUUCUCCUAAACUACAAACGAAAACUGGAACUUUACAUCAUCCAGAAACAACAAAAGAAGCCAGAGAACAAAGAAAAUCAGUGGAGUUAACUAGUCAGGUAACAGCUGGAGUAGAAACAACAGAUAAAAGCCAAAAUUCUCCCAAGGAAGCAACAAAUGGACGUAAAAUAGGCAAGACACCAGGACGCGAGAGACGUAAACAAUCUGCACAAAACAUCUCGCCAGUUAUCUCGGAUAUAACAAGUUCUUCUUCAACCUCUUCAUCGACCUCAUCUUCCUGCUCUUCGCAACAUCAAAACACGGCUAAACGUAAUGAACGUAAAGCUAAAGUAAAAGCCUCAAAUUCAUUGAAAUUUACACACAAUAACAAUGCCACAACUAUGUUUCCCUCAUCCUAUUCGGCUUCUUCGUCACCAACUUCUAUGACUGCAAAUAAAACAGAAAACACUAAUUCUCAUGUGGACAUUUUGACGCCUUGGGAUUGUGGCAAUCAUGCCACAUUUAGUGAUGUUUUACAGAAAUCCCAACAACAACAACAACAGCAGCAGCAGCAGGAACAUUCAACUUCAACUACUACUGAUCUCAUACAGCAACAAGGAUCUUUAUUUGAUCUUAUGUCUCACUCCCCGAAUGGUUUGGAAAACUCUGAAAUAACUGCAGCCUUAACACCAAAACGCCCAAAAAAUCCGGUCACAGAUUUAGGACCCAUAGGUUCACGCAAGUCACCCUCUUCCACACCAGUCUGGGAGCCCAUACAAAGUGCCAUAACAAUGCAAUUACCACGGCCAUUAAAUACCACCUCGCCAGUUACUUCGUCAUCGUCGUCCUCCUCCAUGUACUAUCCUAUGACUUCGAAUUUUGGCUACAACGACUUGGCAUCGUCCACAAUGCAACAACACCAACAGGAUAUCAAUGCUCAAUUAUUGGUCUUACAAAGGCAAAUUUUGGAACAACAACACUUACAGCAACAGCAACAACAAUAUCUAAAUUCGAAUGCUUUAAGCAAUAACUGGUCAAAUCUCUCUUCACCUCUUUGGAGUCCCAUUUUGGGCAAUACAUCAAGCGCUAAUAACAACACCAAUCCAUCUUCUAUAUUUAGUCAGCCUCAGACACAGAAUACUACAUGGAGCUUAAGCCCCAACUCUUCAUCGCCCGCAAGCGGUUUAGUGCGACCACCGCCAGGCCUAGAACAAAAUUUUCCGCUCAAUAAUAAUUUGGCCUCUGUUGCUGUCACAUCGUCUGCAGCCGUUUCAAAUUUCAAUAACACAACAAUGGCUACUUCGUCAAAUAAUCUUACACAAUCUUCAACAGAUCAUGAUAAUAUGCCCAUGUUUAAUUUGUUCGGUGGUUUAAGCUCAAUUUGGAAUGAUAAUUGGAAACAAUCGACAGCAACUAAUCAGCAGCAACAGCAACAACAACAGCAGCAGCCUCCACAGUAAAUUUUGAAGGAUUUCCGAUGAUCGAUAAACAUUUUUCUUUGUGACGCACAUAAUUUUUGAAAUUCUCUUCCAAAUGCUUUCGGUUUGCCGUAUUUAAAUAGCAAAACUAAUUAAUUAUUUUCC